ACUCCCCCCGCAUGGCAGCGGGGCAUUAAGAGAGCUCCAGCCUUCUGUUGCCUCCCAGCUGGUGGUGGUGUGGUGGUCGGGGCCCGGCGGGGCAGCAGAGGAACCUUCCCCGGGGCCGCCCCAGGCAGCGGGCUAGUCCUAGCCGACCUGCUAGCUAGCCGAGCCGUAAGAAGGUGGAGAAGACGGCGGAUCACCGGGAGCCUCUCCGCCGACAGACAGAGCUGUGCGCCGGGCAGCAGGUGAGUGAUGGAGACGAGAGAGUUGACCGUGGUUGCUGGCAGCUUCGUGGGUUUCCAGCUGCUGUUCUCGGUGGUCAGCCCGCGGAUCUCCUCCGCCAUCACCCCGGGAUACGGCCGGCUGCCGGCCACCAAGCUCACCGAGUGGAACUCCAGGUUGGUGUCCACGGUGCACGCUCUGCUGGUGGGGCUGUUCUGUCUGUACAUCCUGUGGUUCGAUGAUGAGGUCAACGCCAACCCCGUCUGGGGCGACCCCGGCCUCGUCAAGCUGAAUGUAGCCAUAACGUGUGGUUACCUGCUUUAUGACCUGGUGCUGCUGGCCUGUAACUGGAGCACGAUGGGCGACAGCUUCUUCGUCUGCCACCACUUGGCGGCGCUCUACGCUUACGGAUACGUGCUGACACGAGGAGUGCUUCCCUACUUCGCCAACUUUCGCCUCAUUUCAGAGUUAUCCACACCGUUUGUGAACCAAAGGUGGUUCUUCGAGGCGUUGAAGUACCCCCGCUCCCACCGGUUGGUGGUCCUGAACGGCGUGGCCAUGUCCGUGGUCUUCUUCCUGGUGCGGACCGCCGUCAUGCCGUCCUACUGGUCCAGCGUCUUCGCCACCUUCGGCACGCCGGAGUUCGAGCGGCUGGGUUUGGGCGCCCAGGUGGCCUGGAUCACCUCCUGCAUCGCCCUGGACAUCCUCAACACCAUCUGGAUGUACAAGAUCACCCGCGGCUGCUACAAGGUGCUGACGGGGAGAGGAGGCCGCCGGGGGAAGGAAGGAGCAGAGAAGGAGGUGAAGGGAGGAGCAGAGAAGGAGGUGAAGGGAGGAGCAGAGAAGGAGGCGCACUCAGACGGGAAGCACGCCAACAACCACACGGACUAGAAACCAGUGAAGGACAGAGACAUGAGCAGGGAGGGAGGACCACCAGGAGCCUCAGAGCCUCCCUGCUGCUGCAGCCUCAGAGCCCCUCCCCCCCACCUCCACCUCC